ACAAAGUUUUGAAAUCAUCAUUUAUUUCUCACCACGCGGUGAAAAGUAACAUUACUUUUAUUGCUUAAAUUCCUCGACAAUUCAAUUAACUUUGGAGAUAGUCUAACAAGUGACUCUUUUCAAAAGGCACCUUGUGUUUAUUCUUACACGAACACUUAUAAAUGUUUAGAAUUUACUUUGUAAACGUGAAAGCGUUGAAAAAAAUAUUUUUUUCGUUAUAACGAUGAUGACGACGAAUGAUUCAAGUAACGCGUGCAAAGAUAUAUAGCUUACACGAAAAUCGUUCGAAGGGAACCGAAAGAGAAGUGCACGCAUAAAUACAUAAAACUUGAAUGAUUAUUUUUCCGAUAGGACACAAUGGCGACUUUGAAGGCAUCGCAUGGCUCAAAGAGAAGGAGAACGAAGAGGAGGCAAAGGAUGGUCGUUAGUGGAGGCACCGGGCAUGCAUUAACAGUACUCCGGAUGGUCCGGUGAUUCUCCGGUUCCUUGGUUUUCUCUCCCGCCUACCUACGAAGGAAGACAAGGUAGAAACAGAAGAAGAAGAAGAAUCAGAUGAAGAAAAGAAAGAGGUGGAGAAUCCAUAGUGCUGGCGUUACUGGAGACGCCUCGGGGGGAGAAUUCUUGCGCGUCCUCAACGUCGAGCUAAGACUUCAGUCCGUCGUGAACCUUCUGCUAAAUUGCGUCAUCCCAAAAGGGCCGACGACAUCGGUKUUUCUUUUUCUUUUCCUUCUUCUUCUUCUUCUUUCGGUUAUAUCGCGAACGAGGUUGGAUAAUUUAUAUUUACCGCAAAACGAGAUUAGUGGACAAGGAUUUAACGAACUACACGUCAGAUAUUUACGAGUAAACGAGAAGAUCAAUUUGACGAAUACAAGAUCAUCACAUUAUCAUUAUCUUCACCAUUAUGUGCCGAAUCCUUGGAAUCCUUGCAUUAUUUUCCACGGUUAAAGUAAUCGUUGCUCAAGAUUACGAGAUUUCCGAGAUUCAAUGCAGUGGGGCUGGUUCAGCAGCCGAUCUUCUCACUGCAAAAAUCAGAAGACCGAUCGGCUUCAGAGGAGCUCCGCUAUUUGCCGACGAUAGAUCGGCCAAUCCUCUCAUCGACAUUCAUUGCCAGAUUAGACCGGAUCCUAACGAUCCUCAAGAAGACAACUACUUUCUCAAAGUAACGGAUUUUUCACGAUGCGGUGUCCUAAAAAGAAACGGAUUUAUUCACUUACGGAUAUGGUUUCCGGCAUUCCCUGGGGUCGUAAUGCUAGCCGAUCAAGAAUUGAUCCUCAUGUGUCGUCCACCUGAGCCCACAUUGCUUAGACACAAAGCUGCCGGUUUUGCUGGUACCUUUCCACAUGGUGCUAGAGUAUCCGGUGUAGUAGAAGAGACACCAGGUCGUCUAGAAUACGAAGUCGCUCUUUAUCGCGAAGCUACAGGUAAUCUAUCAGAAUCUAGCGGAUCCCAAACUGUCGAUCAGGCAGUACCAAUAGGCACAAAACUUCAGUUAAGAGCUCGUAUCAGCCCUGACAGUGCUUGGGGUUACAUCAAACUUUUGGAAGUAACAGUCAGUCCUGAUCCCGAUCAACCGCAUGCUUCAGGAAGCGUUAUCCUUGUUAAGGAUGGAUGUAGAAAUCGAGAUUUUGCCUCGAUCAUUCCUCAUCAACCAGCAAGAUAUCGUGAAAGAAAGAACGAGGUAUUUUUGGAUUUUGAAGCAUUUUUGCUUAGUUCUAUGAGAGAACGUUCUACAUUAUGGAUACAUUCGCAAAUAAAAGCUUGUAUGGAACCACAAGAUUGUCAACCGGAUUUCUGUCUGGACCUCUUCGAGCCGUCGGGUCAUGGUAAACGAAGAAAACGAAAUUUCAACGAAGAAAUCAACGGAGAGCUCUUGCCUAAAGUUGAACGCCUUAUCAAAAAUUACAAUGACUCAACACCUUUUACAAAAUUCAAGGAGAACAUUGAAUAUACCGUUAUGAUGCCAGAUGAUAUUUACAAUAAGGUUGCAGCCGGUCUGGAAGGUAGUUGCGGUGGUUUUCUUUACGUGGCAACUGGUUUAGGUGCAUUAUUAGUCCUAUCGGCCUUCAUUAUGUGUUAUUUGGCCUCUCGUCUGCAUAAUUUAUCAUCAUCUAUCUCGCAAAAUAAGUCCAUCGACGAGUUAGUACGAGAUAGAGCGAGAAAAUAUUGUGACACAACGUCAGGAUACACUGGACGAUCUACAGUACAAUAAUAUGUAUCAAUCGAUUUAUUUGCAUUCAAUAACGUUUAAAAAAAGA